GUCGCCUUCUCCGACAAGCUGCAGCUGGAACGCAUCACAUCCAACAUCAUCACCACAAACACCGUCCUCCACUCCUCCAUCUCCCACCACACACCGCGACAUCAAAGCCACCCCAGAUCAGAACAUCAGCAUGGCGUCCGCCGACGUGAGCAAAGCGCCGACCGCGCCGCACCUCCUCAACCAGAUCUCGAGCUCCGCCAUCACCAACAUCGACACCAUCGAGGGCUUGACAGAUUCCGACGACCAAUAUGCAACCUACAAGAAGCUGCAGCGCCAACUCGAAUACAUCAAGUUGCAGGAAGAGUACAUCAAGGAUGAGCAGCGGAGUCUGAAGCGGGAGCUGGUACGCGCACAGGAGGAGAUCAAGCGGAUACAAAGUGUGCCACUGGUCAUCGGCCAGUUCAUGGAAGCCAUCGAUCAGAACACGGGAAUCGUACAGUCAUCAACAGGAAGCAACUAUGUUGUGCGGAUACUGAGUACACUGGACCGUGAGCUGCUCAAGCCCAGCUCCAGUGUGGCGCUGCAUCGGCAUUCCAACAGCUUGGUCGAUAUCUUGCCGCCCGAGGCUGACAGCAGCAUCGCCAUGUUGGGCGCUGAUGAGAAGCCCGAUGUCACAUAUGCCGAAGUCGGUGGAUUGGACAUGCAGAAGCAGGAGAUCCGGGAAGCCGUCGAGCUGCCGCUGACACAGUUCGACCUGUACAAGCAGAUUGGUAUCGACCCACCGCGCGGUGUCUUGCUCUACGGGCCUCCUGGUACAGGAAAGACAAUGUUGGUCAAGGCUGUGGCGAAUAGCACGACCGCAUCGUUCAUUCGCGUUGUUGGUUCGGAGUUCGUGCAAAAGUAUCUCGGAGAAGGACCGCGCAUGGUGCGUGAUGUCUUCCGAAUGGCGCGAGAGAACAGCCCAGCUAUCAUCUUCAUCGACGAAAUUGACGCUAUCGCCACCAAACGUUUCGACGCGCAAACCGGAGCCGACAGAGAAGUGCAGCGUAUCCUGCUCGAACUGCUCAACCAAAUGGACGGCUUCGACCAGACUUCAAACGUCAAAGUCAUCAUGGCAACCAACCGUGCGGACACACUAGAUCCUGCUCUGCUACGUCCUGGACGUCUCGACCGAAAGAUCGAAUUCCCUUCGCUGCGUGACCGCCGAGAGCGUCGCUUGAUCUUCUCUACCAUCGCCUCGAAGAUGAGCUUGUCGCCUGAAGUCGACCUCGACUCCCUGAUCGUCCGCAACGACCCAUUGUCUGGAGCUAUCAUCGCGGCAGUGAUGCAAGAGGCAGGAUUGAGGGCUGUGAGGAAGAACAGAUACAACAUUAUCCAGCAAGAUUUGGAGGAUGCAUACACAAGUCAGGUCAAGGGUACGAGCGAGGCAGACAAGUUUGACUUCUACAAGUAAACCAUUGUGCAUAUAUGCUGGGCCGUGAUGAGCGACCGCUGGCAUGAGAAAUGCGAAGGAGAAAGAGGAGCGUGUUAUGUUCUACGGUAUAUCAUAGAAUGCAGUUCAUGACGCUGCAUGUGUAUCAUAGUGCAAUGUACUACAUGUGCCACCAGUCCCCCUUUCCCGUCCUUGAUUCGACCUCAAUACCUGAACGUGGCCUCCCCGAGGAGCCAUUGCUCCGCAGGUCAGUGCUCAGAUCCUCACCUAUGGUCGACACCGCAGACUGACC